AGGAAAAAUGAGAUUUAUCCAAUAUGCUUGCGAUCUCCAAGUGCGACGAUAUAAUGGGAUUUAACGAUAGGCUAACAUCUCCGAACAUCCGCAGAAAUUAAAGUUUUAACGAAGGGGCAUCUGGGAGCACAUUCAGUUUUAUCAGUUUAAAAAACCCACAAAUCUUAACAAGUCAAGUCUGAAGAGGAUGCCAAAUUUAACAACCACCAAAGCUGGCAGUGGCACUUCAGAGAGCGAAAAGGGCCAAAUGGAAGAAACUUAGAAGUUUAAGGGUAAAAACCGGAAUAUCCUCGCUGAUCUCUCGGAGGGCAAACACUCUGCCGUAGCUAGGCAACCGUAGUCCUCUAGGAGGCUUUUGUGAUUGGCUCAGGACUUCCCCAAUGGAGGCUCCGGGAAGCUUCCCGCCGCCACUGGCGCCCUCUUCGAACAGCCGCGCUCUCGUAACUGCGGACGACUUCUCAACCGAUCUUGUGGGAGGCGGGGUUUCCGCCUGGGAGUUCCGCCCAGCGGGCAGGCCCAUCGAGCAGCGGCGGCGAUUGGAGGAAACCGCUGCUCGUCUAGUGGCGGGGUUCGCGGGCUAGGGUGUACCGGGAAGGUGCUCGCGGGCUGGAAGUCCAGACAGCGGGUUGCUGGAGGUGACUGCAGUCUCACGGCCGGCCGUGCGGCUGCGGGAUCGGGACCGGCCUUCGAGUCUCCUGCACCGGGGCGGUGCGUGUUCGCUCCCUGCUCGGUUUUUAGCCGGGGCGUCUCACCGGUAGACCUGAGCGCGCCCGUGAUUCCUGGACGCCGGACCCAGCUCUUUGGAGGACCAUGUCAUUGGAGUUUGGCAGUGUAGCACUGCAGACACAAAAUGAAGAUGAAGAAUUUGACAAAGAAGACUAUGAAAGGGAAAAAGAGUUGCAGCAGCUACUCACAGACCUCCCACAUGACAUGCUGGAUGACGAGCUGUCCUCUCCUGAGCGCCGUGAUUCUGACUGCAGUGUGGACGGCAUAGCGGGAGAACUGUAUCCUUCUGAGCAUCUGGAAAGGAAGUGGAUUGAGCGUGAUAUCCUGCCCAAGCCUCAUGGUGUGAAUUGUGGCAAUGGCUGGGAAGAGAAUCGAAGUGAACCCGAAGACCAGCGUCUUGGGUACCAUCCCGGAGAAGGGGACGAAGGUGGGAGUGGCUAUAGCCCUCCAGGUAAACAGGAGCAGGCAGACUUGUAUCGCCUUCCUGAAGACUUCAGGCCAUACACUGGCCGUCAGAAGCAGGCAGCCAGCGUCAUUACGUUCUCAGAUCCUCAGAGGGACAGUUUUCAGCAAUUUGGUUUAUCUCAAGGACCCAACUGUCAAGCUUUGGAGCCAUGUAAAGCUAUCUAUAAACCCUACCCCUCUUCUGUGCAGAAGACUAGUCCACCAGCCCAGGAGAUAGCAGGAAGUGACAUGUUUGAAGGCUUGCAGCAACAAUUUUUAGGAGCUAAUGAAAACUCUGCAGAAAAUAUACAUAUUAUUCAACUCCAGGUUCUUAACAAAGCAAAGGAGAGACAACUGGACAGCUUAGUUGAAAAACUGAAUGACCGCGAACGCCAGAUUCGGUAUCUGAACCACCAGCUGCUAAUAGUCCAAGAUGAGAAGGACGGCUUGGCCCUCAGCCUUCGGGAAUCCCAGAAGCUCUUUCAGAGUGGAAAGGAGAGGGAAAUGCAGCUUGAAGCACAGAUACAUGCACUGGAGACGCAGAUCGAAGCCUUCAAAGUCAGUGAAGAGAAGCUCACCAAGAAGCUCAGAACAACUGAGAUCACCCUGGAAAGCCUGAAACAGCAACUGGUGGAGCUCCAUCAUUCCGAGUCGCUUCAGCGAGCCAGAGAGCAGCAUGAGAGCGUCGUUGCGGGCCUCACACAGAAGUACGAAGAGCAGGUGUCAUGCCUACAGAAGAAUCUGGACACUACCAUAACAGCCCUCCAGGAACAGGUCACGUGGUUCCCAAUGAGCAACUGUCAGUGGAGUAAAGUUGGAUAUUUUGUGCUCUCUGAGGAAGAUGUUUGCACACGCUUGAAGGAUCACGUGCAGCAGCUGGAGCGGAACCAGGAAGCAGUCAGACUGGAGAAGACGGAGCUCAUUAACAGGCUGACGAGGAGUCUAGAGGACAGUCAGAAGCAGUGUGCCCACCUGCUGCAGUCAGGCUCUGUGCAUGAGGUGACUCAGCUCCAGCUCCAGUUGCAGCAAGCCCAGAAGGCACACAUCCUGAGUGAGAGCAUGAAUAAGGCUUUGCAAGAGGAAUUAACAGGGCUUAAGGAGGAGAUUUCUCUCUAUGAAUCAGCCGCGGAGCUCGGAGUCCUUCCAGGUGACGUAGAAGGAGACCUGAGUGUAGAGCUCACUGAGUCAUGUGUGGGCUUGGGCAUUAAAAACGUCAGUUGGAAACAGUCCAAAGCUAACAGUGUUGCACAGCAAGAACCCCCAAAUGAAAAGCUUUCGAAGGAUGAGGUUAUCCUGAAGUUGAAAACACAAGUUCAGCGCUUGCUGUCUAGCAACUCCAUGAAGCGUCACCUGGUGUCUGAGCUGCAGAGAGAUCUGAGAGACUGCCGGGAGACCAUGGAAGCCCUGCAGCAGUCGAAGGACAGUGACAGAGGCAUGGAGACUAAAACAGAGACUUCUGAAAAAACAACUAAUCAGUUAUGGCUUGAUUCUCCUGAAGCAAUUAACAGAGAAGAUAUUCUGCGACUGAAAAAUGAAGUGGAAGUUUUACAACAACAGAAUCAGGAACUUAAAGAGGCUGAAGAAAAACUGAGAAGUACAAACCAAGACUUGUGUAAUCAGAUGAGACAGAUGGUGCAGGAGUUUGACCACGAUAAGCAGGAAGCUGUGGAUAGGUGUGAGAGGACUUACCAGCAGCACCACGAAGCCAUGAAGGCCCAGAUCCGAGAGAGCCUUCUAGCAAAGCACGCUGCCGAGAAGCAGCAUCUCUCUGAGGUCUACGAGGGGACCCAGUCACAGCUCAGGUCUGACCUGGAUAAGCUGAACAAGGAGGUGGCUGCUGUGCAGGAGUGCUACCUGGAAGUGUGCAGAGAGAAGGAUGAGCUGGAAUCCACUCUCAGGAAGACCAUGGAGAAGGCUCAGGAGCAGACGAGACAGCUUUUGGAAGACAGAGAAGAGCAUGUACGCAAACUGAAGCUAGAACUAGAGGAGAGGUACCAAGAAACGCUGAAGGCGGAGAAGCAGAGCUGGCUGAAGGCGCAGGCCGCUGGAGCUACGCAGGUGGAGCACGAGAGCAGACAAAAACUCAUUCAACAGCUGGAAGAGGAGUGGCAGUCCAAACUGAAUCACAGUCUCCCGGCUCGGAGAAAGGCAACCUCAGACUGUGGCAGCCAGACAGACCAGGCUGCCUAUCCUGCUGCCAUGCCUAACGCAGAGGCAUUAGUCCUGGCAGAGGAGCAGGCUCAUCAAGUCCAGCAGGAGAAGGAGCUUACUGUCAAGGAGGCUCUGAGGAAGUCGGAAGUUGAGUUGGAGCUCAAGUACUGUGAGAGUAUUGCACAGAAGGUGGAAACUGCUGUGCAGAAUGCCCGCAGUCGCUGGAUACUGGAGCUGCCCAUGCUUGCAGAGUACAAGGCUCUGCUCAGAGCCCAGCAGCAGGAGUGGGCGAAGCAGCAGGAGGUGGCUGUGGCCCAUAGACUGUCACUUGCACUCUCUGAAGCUAAAGAGAAGUGGAAAAGUGAGCUUCAGAAUAUGAAGCCAAAUGUAGCGUCUGUCCAGGAACUGGAAGAGAAAAUCCACUCUCUGCAGAAGGAACUGGAGUUGAAGGAUGAGGAAGUCCCCGUGGCUGUCAGGGCUGAGUUGGCUAAGGCCAGAAAUGAAUGGAACAAAGAAAAACAGGAAGAAAUCCACAAGAUUCAAGAACAAAACGAGGAAGAUUAUCGGCAGUUUUUAGAGGACCAUCGAAAUAAAAUUAAUGAGGUGCUUACAGCAGCUAAAGAGGACUUUGUGAAGCAGAAAACCGAACUACUUCUUCAGAAGGAGACAGAAUUCCAGGCAUGUUUGGACCAGAGUCGCAAGGAGUGGACACUGCAGGAAGCCCAGCGGACACAAUUGGAAGUCCAUCGGUACGAGGAAGACAUCCUCACUGUGCUUGACUUUCUCCUGAGGGACACCCAGUUGGAAUAUGAUGGUGAUUCACAAGGCAAGCAGCUUUUGGAAGUCAUGUCAGUUUGUUCUUCAAAAUGGACAUCUGUUCAGUAUUUUGAGAAAGUCAAAGCCUGCAUACACAAAGCUCUUCAAGAUACACUGUCCUUGCUUAUAGACAACAUUGCCUCAGAACGGGAGAAGAGAAAUGUGGUCAAGACCUCUGCAGAUGCUGUCAGCUGGAACACUGGUCAGGGAGAUUCUGGGGUCCCAGCACCCCUUCCUGUCUCCACCUCUGGACCCUGUGCACAGUCGUCGGCCUUGCUGGAAGCGGAAGCAGAAACCGAUAAAAAGAUCUUUGAAAUGAAAGAUUUAUGCUGUGGACACUGCUUUCAGGAACUUGAAAAGGAAAAGCAGGAGUGUCAAGAUCUGAGAAGGAAACUGGAGAAGAGCCGCAGGCACCUUCAGCAUUUAGAAAGGACGCACAAAGCCACGGUGGAGAAACUUGGAGAGGAGAACAGCAGGGUGGUUGAAGAACUAAUAGAGGAGAACCAUGACAUGAAGAAUAAGCUGGAGACACUGAGGGCCCUUUGCAGAACACCGCCACAGUCACUGUCUGCAGGAGCCGCUGAGAGUGCUAGGCUGCUCUGCAGUGGGCAGGCCUUGGAAGAACUCCGAGGGCAGUACAUUAAAGCUGUGAAAAAAAUUAAACGUGACAUGCUUCGUUACAUUCAGGAGAGCAAGGAAAGGGCCACGGAGAUGGUGAAGGCAGAAGUGUUGCGGGAGCGGCAGGACACUGCCCGGAAGAUGCACAAGUACUACCUGAGUUGCCUUCAGCAGAUCUUGGAGGAUAAUGGGAAGGAAGAGGGAGCUGAGAAAAAGAUUAUGAGUGCUGCUAGCAAGCUUGCUACAAUGGUGGGGUUGCUGGGGACAAUCGCAGAGUCCGGCUGCAGAGUCAGCUGCGCCCAGGCAGGCCACUCAGUAGCACUUCCCCUGGCUUCAGAGAUGCUGACGGGCGUUGAAAGAUCAGAGAGGAGUGAUGUGAGUCAAAAUACUCCACAUUACGUUGAAAGCAAACCAAACAGUGGAAAGACUAUCCCCAGGAGUGUAUGUGAGCAGUGGCCUAGGAGGAAGGCUGAGCCUAGUUCACAGAGGCGGUUAGAGGAUUGGAAGCACAGAGAAGUGAAACCCAUGACUUCCACAACUUUGCCUUCAGACUGUCAGUGUGGGGAUGGGAGCUGCAGACACUCAGACAACUUGGCAAAGGAUGUGGCUCCCGAGUUUCUUCCAUGCCGGGGCGAAGGAGGCUUUGAUUUGCAGAAGAAAGAAGCACUUGGAGCCGGCUCUGAGUCGCUGCUUUACUCAGUGAAUACUCACUCCUUCCUUGGUGGUGCCGAAAAGAAACUGUCUCCUAGACUCACCUCAGAGUCCGUGCACACAACCCUGAGAGGUCCCAGGGAAAUACCAAAGUCAAAGCCAUUUGUGUGUGGUUCUCUAACAGAAACCGAGAGUGUUGCGACUGAGAAGAGUCAGGGUGUGGGCUCUCAGGACACUCCAGUAAAGGACGGAGUGGGGCCCAGCGGCUCUCCAGCCUGGCCGCCUGACAGUACUUUACCCUGUGGCAGUCCUGCUGUGCUGUUUCUCGGUGAUAGGUCACAAAGGACUCAGGAGAUGCUGGGGGACUCUGUUCGGAGGAAACAGUUCUCAGCACCCACUUGUCUUUCAGAUGCCCAGAAAGGUAAUACAGUUUGUCGGAGUAGUUACACUCUAGAUCUGCCCAGAGAAGCCCUGCGUUCCCAGCAAGGGAGGAUGGGUGCAACUCUGGGGCCCUCAUCUCCACAGAGCACUGAUGUGUUAAAGACAGAUUUCAGGAAACCCAGCGGCACAGGACCAGCUUCACUGUGUCAGAAGCCUUUGAUAAAGUUAACUGCUCCAGUGACUGGCCAGCAAGAUAGUGGCUUUGACAGCCCACUUGUCAAUCUAGGCUAAUUAUGUGCUAUGUUUCAGAAUAGUCAUUAGUUACUAUUUAGAUAAGAGACUGGACGGGAAUACUUCAUGCUAACAAACCAUUAUGAGGUCUGCCUGCAAGUGUUCAUGUACUUGACAGCCUUGUAUCUGAGGAAAGUGUUCUUCUCAUGAAGUUACUUGAGGCUCUUAUGCUGCCGUAAUGUUGGAGGCCUGAAUGGCGCGCUGUGUGGGCUGCUGUGUCUGGUUACUCAGCCUCUACUCUUAUAUUUAUGUGCUGACUUACUUUGCAGUGUUAAAAUAUUUAAUAAAAUCAUGCAUAAUCUGAAGAUUUGUUGUGUCUUAUAGUUUAUAAUCUAGAAAUAAUACGUCGUCACCAUGUUUGAAAUUGACUAAAAAAAAAAAACUUUGAUUGAUUACUUGUUUGACCAACUAGAUGCAGUGUUUAAGCUCAGCUCAUAAAUAUCAAUAUGCUAUAUAUUACUUUUUACUAAUUUUCCUUGUGACUUGUUUUUUGAUUGAUGAGUUGCUUGGAAAUGUCACUUUGUUUUCAGGAAUUUGGGGAUCCCCACUCCCCAACAAACACACACAUAGUAGUUUUCCAUAUCUUCCAUUGUUCUUUGGAGAACUCUAGCUCUUUUCUACAGAUAUGUGCCAUGGUCUGUGGUGGACUGUCUUUCACCUGACGGGAGUGUAUCUUCUGCGUGCAUGCAUGAGGCUUGGGUCAUUGCCAACCUUGCUGUGGCUGAACUCUAUGGGCCUUUCUUUGUUUUAGGCAGAGGGACUGGGGGCUGCAGAGAGGGCUCAGUGCCUUAGACUGCCCAGGUUCAGUUCCCAGUACCCACAUAUGAGUGGCUCACAACCUAGAGCAAUGCCAGUUCCAGGGAUCCAAAGCUACCUUCUGGCCUCUGCACUUAUGCACACAGACAUACAGAUAUAUAUGUAAAUGUAUAUUAAAAUUUCCUGCUGAGGGGGUGUUCCUUUCUGACUAUAGUCACUACAUUGUUUUUCGUUCGGUUCUGUUGUUUUUGUUGUUGUCAUUCAUGUACUUUGAGAUGCGUUGUUAGGAAUCUGUUUUAUUCGUUGUGGCUUUUUAAUGUAUUGACCCUUUGAAUUUAAUAUCAAUUUUAAGGUUCACUUUUGUCGUAAUGACUGUAGCCACUUCAGCUCUUUUAUGAUUAGUGUUUGCUGUGUCUUCUGCUCUUUAUCCUUCUUUUUUUUUUUCUUUUCAUUUUUUAACUUAAUGGGGGGCUCUAGAAGCACGUCACUGGAACUUGCUUUUAUUUGCCCACACACGUUCCUGUCUUCCUCGAGCUUCCUUUUCUGUUUCUUCCCUCCCUCCCUCCCUCCCACUUCCCCUGUCUUUCCUUUGAGCCAGUGUAUGUUAACUGUUGGGUGUGGGGCUCACCCUGGAGCAUUGUCCUCCUACCAAGUGUCAUACCCUAAACUAACCCCUCCCCUGGUAGCUUUCCAAUGCCGAGAGCUCCUUGACCUUAUCCUAAGGACUUCCUGCCUUAUCCCCACUCCACAAUGCUAGGAUCAUUUUAUUUUAUUUUAUUUUAUUAUUAUUUUUUUGGUCUGGCUUGAACUUGUGCAAGACUUGUACAUGCUGUCACAAUUCAAAAGUGGCCGGUUAUCCAACUCAGAAGUGCUUGUUAGUCCUAUAACAUUUGAGACGCUCUUGAAGCAGUGGACAGAUCCUACCAGAUAAUAAAAUGUGAUGUUAAAAAAACUUUUUUGGAAAAAAAAAACUGUUCUGAAGGUUUGGGAGAGCGUUUAUGCCGUUAUCUUUUGUUUUGCUCUCUGCCUGCUCUGACACCGUGUUGUGCGUGAGUCUUGAUCUUCAUUGUUCAUCCUGUUUGUUAAUUGUCACUAACCCACGUCUGGGUUUUUUGUUUUUGUUUGUUUGUUUUUUUAACUAUCUUGGGUCACUGUUUCCUAUUCGCAUUGCCCAAAAUAAUUAUCUAUGGCUGUUUUGCAUGUAUACAUUGCAGCAACCUUGGAUUUGUCUUGCUUCGUUGUUUUGCUGUGUGUUUGUGUUUGCUUCACAUCUAGUUGAGCCUUUGUCUUUUCCUCCUCUUCCCAUGCUCCCAAGAAAGCAAAUGAGUCCAGCAGGCUUCCCUUAUGGGAUCAGUUUAAGAAUGUCUUUAUAGGAUGUGGGGUGCGGGGGAGCUUUAGUCAGUAUUUAAAGUUGAUGGCCUAGGAGCCAUGAGGUGGCUCGGCAGGGGUAUUUUAUCACCAAGCCUGACGGACCUGGAUUUGAUACCCUGAAUUCAUUUGAUAGAAGACACACAGCUCUCACAAGUUGUCCCCUUGCUUCUACACGUGUGUCAUGGUGUGCACAUGUGCGUGCUCACACACCCACACACUAAGUAAACAGUUUUUUUGUUGUUUAUGGACUAGGAUGUGACUAGGAAUUUACCAGCCAGCAGGAAAGCCUGUCUCACUGGAGACGCCUUUGUAAUUUUGAACUUCAACUUGUGUUCUUUCAUCUUAAAAUUUUUCAAAGAAUUUAGAAUUUUCUGGUAAUGGAAUUUCAAAAUCUCUGGAUAUAAUUUGGAAUAAAACAUUUAAACCCCA